AUGGUGGCGCCCUCGACCGUUCGAGCAUCUGGUGUGUUGCGUCAUCGUUCUCCGCCCACCAUUGUGUUUGUGUUGAAGAACUGCAAGGCCGGUGACUCGCAAAGGCUUGGAGUACUUUCUAGUUACAGUUUCUUUAUCAUCAAAUGGAAGGCCAUCCCAAUUGAUGAUAAGAAGAAGAUGUGGUAUGCUUCGAAGCAAAAGUUCACUCUCAAAAAAGACUCUUGCAUUGAGGAAGCUAUAUACCAGCAGCUAAAACACAGGCUGCUUAAGAAUUAUUAUUGUAAAUAUGCCACUGAUGAGAUUAGACUUCAAAUUAUCCGCCGGAUGUGA